GACGGUGGUACCUUGGGGGGAAACAUCCAGUAAAGUCUGGACUUUAACCAGAUCGUGAGAGACCUGGUAGACAUGAGAAUUUUGUUUCUCACGUUAUUAGCGGGGCUGUUGGCCUUGGCCGUGUGCGAGAAGGAGAAGCAUAUCACGUCUAAGAAGAUUGCGUCAAGCGAGAAUGCCGAAGGCCAGGAGAAGAAACAGGAUAAGCGCGGCUUGAGUCAUAUCGAGGGAGAUUUUGGGGGACACGACGAGGGCGGUUACGGUGGCGGCGAUUAUGGCGGAGGCGGUUUCGACGGUGGCCACGAUUUUGGCGGAGACAUCGGCGGUGGUGACAUCGGCGGUCACGACCUUGGUGGAUACGGCGGCGGCGGCGGCGGCGGCGGCGACCACGGUGGUUACGGCGGCGGUGGUUACGGCGGCGGCGGUGGUUACGGCGGCGGUGGCGGCGGCGGCGACGACGGCGGCAAGAUCAAACAGAUCACGAUCGUGAAGACCGAAAAGGUACCCUAUCCGGUCGAGAAGAAGGUUCACUACCCGGUAGAGAAGGAGGUACCGUAUCCCGUGAAAGUACCAGUACCGCAACCGUAUCCGAUCGAGAAGAAGAUACCGGUACCGGUAAAGGUAUUCGUGAAGGUGCCGAUUCACAUACCGCAACCGUAUCCUGUCGAGAAGAAGGUGCCCUAUCCGGUACACAUACCGGUAGAGAGACCAGUGCCCUACAAAGUAUACGUGCCCCAGCCGUAUCCAGUGGAGAAGAAGAUACCGUAUCCGGUGAAGGUACCAGUGCCUCAACCGUUCCCCGUGGAAAAGCCCGUGCCGUACACCGUCAAGGUUCCGGUACACGUGCCGCAACCCUUCCCCGUGGAAAAACCGGUACCGUACCCGGUGACAGUGCCCGUCGAACGACCUUAUCCAGUACACGUAGUUAAACCGUAUCCGGUCCCCGUCGAGAAACCCGUGCCCGUUCCGGUAGAAAAGAAGGUACCCUAUCCGGUCAAAGUGCCCGUGGAGCGACCGGUGGCCGUACCCGUAGAGAAACCCGUGCCCGUUCACGUUAAGGUACCGGUACCGGCGCCGUAUCCGGUGGAGAAACCGGUGCCUUACCCGGUCGAGAAGCCUGUGCCCUACGCCGUAAAAGUGCCUUACGAUCGACCCGUGCCGGUUCACGUAACGAAGCCGGUAGCUGUGACGGUACCCAAAGCGGUACCGUAUCCCGUCAAAGUGCCGGUGGCGGUACCAGUGCACGACCACCACGGGGGUGAUUACGAGUCCAGCUUCGGGGGACACUCGGGAUAUUAAUAUUUAAAAAAGCAUGACGGUGGAGGAUUUUUCGUUUCACGGAGAAAAAAAUUUAUACGCUCGAAAGAGGAAAAGAAAUACGAUAUAAAUAUAUAGCUGCCGCGCUAAAGAGAAUCUGUUAACUCGACUGAUCAACAUUGCGAUCGAAAUGUAUAUAUAGUGUAUAUAUUCGGAAAUUAGAUCACAUUAGUGAGUUAACGCGUAAAGAAAAAAGAAAAAAAAGAAAAUUCUCCACUGCAUUGCACGAGCGGACGUAUUGGCAUCUAUAUGUAUUACGGAACACAUCUCGAUAAUAUUUUUUCUGUCAACAUUUGUCAACGCAUUCGCACUCGACGAGAAAAUAAUGUAGAGGAACAGUGUGAUUCGUAAAACGCGUUUGACGGCUGAUUUUCCAUUCACUCGGGAGAAGUUAACGAAGCGUUUUCUUUGCAAAUGCGAGUCCGCGAGCGAAGGAAACGCGGACGUAUUUAUUUUAUUAACUUAACAGAGUGUCGUCCUCUUUCUCGACGCGGAGAGAGAAAGAAAAAUGAGUUUGCAGAACAGCCGUCUUUUGUGUGAAAAAUGAUUUUUUUUCAGGUGCCACGAGUCCGCGUAGACAGCGCUCUAACGAUUUCCUUAGAUAUUAUACAUAUAUUAUCGACUCUUACAUAUCUGUGAACACACGUUCUAUUGUGUGUUUCUUUCGUAAUGUGUAACAUAUGUCUUUUAUAAUAUUGUACGAUGUCUUUCGCUUCUUUUUAAUAAAAAAAAACCA